AUGGCUCAUCUGACGAACAAUGCGGUGGACUCGGCGCUGGCGUUCUUGACGAAGGCGGUGAAGGAGGAGGCGAAGCUCCUGAGCACGGUGGAGGCCGACAUCCAGUUCAUCAAGGACGAGCUGGACAGCAUGAACGGCUUCCUCAUGUACCUCACCAAGACGAAGACGAAGACGCACCACGACGACCAGGUGCGGGCGUGGAUGAAGCAGGUCCGCGACCUCGCCUACGUCGCCGACGACUGCGUCAAGCUCUACCGCCGUGACCUCAGGCCGCCGGAGCCGGGCUUCUGGCCCUGGCUCCGCCACAUCCCCACGUGGGUGCGCACCGCGCCCAGGCGCCACCGCCUCGCCAACAAGAUCCACAAGCUCAAGGAGCGCGUGCGCGAGGUCGGCGAGAGGCGCCAGCGCUACGACGUCAACGUGCCACGCGACGCCGCCGCCGGCGACGGCACGUCGCAGGUGGCCGCCCGAGACGGCAACAUCGGCUGGGAGCUCCUUGAAGAGUCAAGCCUGCGUGCUCUUGAUGCCAAAACUUUUGAAUCUAUCAAGUACGGCGCCAACAAGGAUGCCGCUCCCGCACGCGAUGCUGCAUCUCAAGUCCUCAAGAUUAUCCUCGACAAACGUGAGAGGCCGGCCAAUGUCGCCGCCGCGAGGAUGCUUGGUCGAGCUCUAUCCGCCGAUCUCAACAGGACCAGCAACGAAAAAGAACUGGCGGACGACAUCAAUGGAUUGCUUGAGAACCUGCAGAAGGAGACGAGGGAAGCAGGAGUGGCCAACCAUGUCAUGGUUUUCUGCUACAGCAGGCUGUCCACGCACCAGAAGAGCUGCCUCCAGUACCUCACAACCUUCGACGAGGAGAAGAGCAUCAGCAGGACAUGCCUGAUCCGGCGAUGGCUCGCCGAAGGAACGGUGUCCGGCUGGGACAAGCAGCAAGACGAAGAAGACGACCCUACACGCAGCAUGGAAGAGGCCGGCGAGCGCUGCUUCCGUGAGCUCGUCUACCGAGGCUUCAUCUCUCCUGCUCCUGCUCCUCCCGCCGGCCUCAAGAUCAAGAGCUGCGUCGUCGAUCCUUCCGUCAAGAACUUCAUCUCCAGGAUCUCCAAAGCCGACAACUUCAUCGACGACCUGCCCACUCACCUCCGGCAUCAGAUAGACAUCCGGAAGCUGGUUCAGCGCCAGCCGCCACAGCCACAGCGCAGACCGUGGUGGUGGUGUCCGCCGCCGACGUGCGUCACCACCCUCUGCGGCGCCGACGAAGGCAAGCAGCUGCCUCCCGUCGAUGCGAUCGUCAAGCUGCUCAAGCAGCUCCCCGAGGAGUACCGGCUCAACGUGCUGGAUCUUGGGGGCUGCGUGGGGUUGACGAUGACCCAUCUCACCACGAUCUGCGACCUGGUGCCGUCGCUCAAGUAUCUGAGCCUCCGGAAGACCAACAUCUACUGGCUGCCCAAGCAGAUGAACAACCUCCUGCAUCUGGAGACGCUGGACAUCAGAGACACCCGCGUGCAGGCCAACGCCAUGAGGGGCAUCUUCCUCCAGGAGCUCAGGCAUCUCCUCGCCGGCUGCGUCACCGACGACGAAGCACAGCUCCACACCGUGAGGGUGCCUGACAAGCUAGGGAAGAACACGGAGAUACUGAAGCAUGUAAGGAUCAACGAUGGCCGCCACGCCCAAGCCAAGCUUGCGCGCGUCGGGUCUCUCGCGCGGCUAUGGAAGCUGGGCGUCGUGCUCAGCGGCAGCCAGGAAAACAUGGCGCGUCUGCUCGCGGCCAUCGCCUCGCGGAGCGACUCCCUGCGCUCUCUGUCGGUCUGGAUCACAGCGCCGCCUGGCCACAUGGCCGGCGCCGGCGACGGUGGGUUCGUGACUGUCGACAGCACCAGCGCAGCCGCCGGAGCCGGAGGCGGUGGCGCGCCAUCGUUCUCGCUUCCCGGCAAACUCGAGACGCUAAACCUCAAGUGCUUCAAGGGGAGCAGCGCCCGAGGCCACCUUCCUCAGUGGAUCAAGAAGCUCCAUCUCCUCACCAGCAUCACUCUACGUCACAGCCUACUGACCAAGGACGGCCUGAGUGAGCUCGGCAAGCUGACGAGCCUGCGCUGCCUCAGGCUCCGCCGCGAGUCCUACGUCGAAGACAAGGUGACCCUCAGGGAGGGGGAGUUCGUGGAGCUCAGGUUUCUUCUGCUCGAUCAUGUCUCCAGCAACACAAAGAAGCUCCGAAUCGAGCCCGGUGCGGCUCCCAUGCUGAAGAACAUCGCCUGGAACAUGGACAGCAACAUGGCCGCCGGGAUCAUGGCGGAGGCAGGCAACAUUUCUGGGUUUGACGAUCCUCUAGCAAGACUCGUGCUGAAGAUCAACGGCGACACCUAUCGCCAAUACAAACCGUCCGAAGUCACAGUGCAGUAGAAGGAAGAAGGAAAAAUAAGGACCAAACGUACGCACGUGCGCGUAUGUAUAUAUACAGCAAUUAAUUUCAUUUCACUAUAUCUGCAUGUAGAGAGUCCUUCUUUGAGAGAAAGUUUCAGGAGGUACCAAAAUUUCAGCGUAAAAUUUUAGUACCUUUCAAUACCUAUUAAAAGACCGUAAAAUUACUUAUACAUCCAAUGUA